GAGCGCCGGGGUGUGGUUCCGGGUCGUAGCGCAGCUCGGGGCGACUGGGCUGCUGCUCGGCGGGCCGGCGGCGGCGGCGGGCAGCGGGGGCAUGAGGGCGAACCAGGGAAGCGGCAGCUGAGCGGGCCGGGAGAAGCGCCGGCGCCCGUGAAUCCCGGGAGUGCAGAGCUCGGGUCAGGGGCCGGGAGGCGUGGGCGACCCGGGCCCUCCCCUCAGAGUCCUCAACGUGUCCCGGGGCCGACCCGGCCCGUAGUGUGGAAACAGCUUCAGGUAGGUGAGCUCGUGAAACAAUAUGAAGAGGAGAAAAUAGCCUUUUAAGGAAAUUGGCCCACAGAAAGGAUGGCCUUCUUGGACAAUCCAACUAUCAUUCUAGCUCAUAUUCGACAGUCACAUGUGACCAGUGAUGACACGGGAAUGUGUGAGAUGGUUCUCAUUGAUCAUGAUGUUGACCUAGAGAAGAUUCAUCCUCCUUCAAUGCCUGCAGACAGUGGGUCAGAAAUUCAGGGAAGCAAUGGUGAGACUCAGGGCUAUGUCUAUGCCCAGUCAGUCGAUAUUACCUCAAGUUGGGACUUUGGUAUUAGAAGACGCUCAAACACAGCUCAAAGAUUAGAGCGACUCCGAAAAGAGAGACAAAACCAGAUCAAAUGCAAAAAUAUUCAGUGGAAAGAAAGAAAUUCUAAGCAAUCAGCCCAGGAGUUAAAGUCACUGUUUGAAAAAAAAUCUCUCAAAGAGAAGCCUCCAAGUUCUGGAAAGCAGUCAAUAUUAUCCGUACGCCUGGAGCAGUGCCCUCUGCAGUUGAAUAACCCCUUUAAUGAGUAUUCCAAAUUUGAUGGCAAGCAUUGUUCCAGUCUAUGUCUGAUAAUUAUGAACAAAUGUUUUCUACAAUCAUUGGCAUUAAAUAGCUCUCUUCAAAGAAAGUCACUUAAAAUGAGGAAAAGCAUGGAGCCACUGAGAAAUCUUACAAACUCAGAAAAGGGUCAUGUAGGUACAACAGCAACCAAGAAGAUUGAUGUCUACCUCCCCCUGCACUCAAGCCAGGACAGACUGCUGCCAAUGACCGUGGUGACAAUGGCCAGCGCCAGGGUGCAGGACCUGAUUGGGCUCAUCUGUUGGCAGUAUACAAGUGAAGGACGGGAGCCGAAGCUCAAUGACAAUGUCAGUGCCUACUGUCUGCAUAUUGCUGAAGAUGAUGGAGAGGUAGACACAGAUUUCCCUCCUCUGGAUUCCAACGAGCCCAUUCAUAAGUUUGGCUUCAGUACUUUGGCCCUGGUUGAAAAGUAUUCAUCUCCUGGUCUGACAUCCAAAGAGUCACUCUUUGUUCGAAUAAAUGCUGCUCAUGGAUUCUCCCUUAUUCAGGUGGACAACACAAAGGUCACAAUGAAAGACAUCUUGCUAAAGGCAGUGAAGCGAAGAAAAGGAUCUCAGAAAAUUUCAGGCCCUCAGUACCGCCUGGAGAAGCAGAGUGAGCCCAAUGUUGCCGUUGACCUGGAGAGCACUUUGGAGAGCCAGAGCGCGUGGGAGUUCUGCCUGGUCCGCGAGAACAGUUCAAGGGCAGACGGGAUUCUUGAGGAGGAUUCUCAAAUUGACAUAGCCACAGUACAGGAUAUGCUUAGCAGCCACCAUUACAAGUCAUUCAAAGUCAGCAUGAUCCAUAGACUGAGAUUCACAACCGACGUACAGUUAGGUAUCUCUGGAGACAAAGUCGAGAUAGACCCUGUUACAAAUCAGAAAGCCAGCACUAAGUUUUGGAUUAAGCAGAAACCCAUCUCAAUCGAUUCUGACCUGCUCUGUGCCUGUGACCUUGCUGAAGAAAAAAGCCCCAGUCACGCAAUAUUUAAACUCACGUAUCUAAGCAAUCACGACUAUAAACACCUCUAUUUUGAAUCGGAUGCUGCUACUGUCAAUGAAAUCGUGCUCAAGGUUAACUAUAUCCUGGAAUCACGAGCAAGCACUGCCCGGGCUGAAUAUUUUGCUCAAAAACAAAGAAAACUGAACAGACGUACAAGCUUCAGCUUCCAGAAGGAGAAGAAAUCCGGGCAGCAAUGACAUUGGCCUCCAGCCUCAGUCUGUGCCGUAGCUCAGAGCCUGCUGCCAGGACCAGGGGCCUGAGAGUCCACCCUGUGUCCUGCAGUCCUUGGGGGGAGGCCAGCCCCUGGCUCAUGGGCACCAGGCUUCUGGGCUCUUGGGGAAGGUGCAGGGUGCACCCUAGGAGGGAGCGCUAGAGACCUUGCCAGGAGAUGGAAGCCUGCUUGGCAAUGGCUUUGAUUAGCAAUGCUCGGGGGCCAGACCACCCCUAGAGGAGCCAUGUGCUGCCCAGCCAUCUUCACUGCCUAACGCCCUGCCGAGGAUGUACAUAGCCAUGCCCAGACAUUUCCUUGCAACUUGAUCAAAUUUCUUAAAGCAAACAAAGAACAAAAAUGUGCAUUUCUGUUUUUCCUUUUAAUAAACAGGUGUACUCUUUA